CAUUUAAAAUUAAAUCCGCGUGGGAAUGAAAUAAAUAUAUCCGGGGCAAGGUGAUUUCUUUAGGUCGAAGUUUGGUUCUCAUCGGAUUUAUGUUGAACGUGAGAAGUCUCUCAGCAUUCCACGAUGAUUAGGUCAACUGUUCUCAGGCUUGCACGAGCACCACUGCUGCAGAAAAGAAUGUCUUCAGGCUUCAAUAAAUAUCCAGUUUUGAAAAACAAACUUUUCGGAAUAAGCGGAAAUGCCAUGCUUGCUUCUGGUUUCUCAUUUUUUCUAGUAGCAGUACUGGUGGUUCAGAAAAGUGGAUACCUCAUUCCACACACCAUUGGGCCAGGAUUAAGUCCUGUGGGGAGAAUUGAAAUUGAUCUCACUCCCGAUGAGCUGAAAAACCGAUAAAAUCGUAUAAAUUUGCUCUGUUCCAAUUUUAGUUUUGUUCAAUUGAAUAUUAUAUGUCCUGAAUUCUA